AACAAGAUCAAUUAGAUUCAUCUUGUUUUAGAAACAACACUGCAUAAGAUAUUUAGGUUUUUCAGAGAAUGUAUUUUUAACAUGUGUAUUUUGUCUUACUGUACUGGCAGAGUUUUUAUAGUCAAAACAAGUGAAAAAAUCUACCAGUGCUGAAGAAGUAAUCCAAAGUAUUUAGAAUACGUUACUGACCUUGAGUAACCUAAUGAAAUAUGUUACAAAUUACAUUUUACAGCAUGUAUUCUGUAAUCUGUAGUGGAAUACAUUCAAAAGUAACCCUCCCAACCCUGGUAAUACUUACAGAUAUAAUUAAUGCCUACGCCCCUAAACACACAAGUACAGUCAUGGAAGAGACCUUGGCCAAUGACACAGACUAUCAGACUAAAUCAUCCAGCAAACUCAAAGUCCACAUGGCCAGAUUUUCAGAUAGUGAUAUUCUACACCAACUGCCACUCAGUAUCACCAGUUUACUUGAGACUGAAGGGACUGUAAACAACUGAAACAACAAAGACCAUGAUGGAAACAACAUCCUCUUUGUUAAAGUCAGUGUCUCGGCGGGUGUGGUCCACCCCUCAACGUCCAUUCAGAGUGUGCUCCUGGAACAGAGAGGUCAAAAAAGGAGUCACUGCUGGAACUCUAGAGGAGCUUAAAGAGAAGGCAGCCCAGGCUCUCUUGAUAUCUACUGUGCUGACUUUGGUGUGUGAGGAGGACGGGACGGAGGUCGACUCGGAUGAGUUUCUCAUGGCCCUGCCAGACAACACAGUUUUCAUGGGGCUUAAAUCUGGAGAGACCUGGAGACCUCAUCCUGUACAUUUGCAUCAAAGGAGUGGUCAAAACAAACCAGGUGACCACAAGCCAAGGACAGGAAGAGACAUUGCUCAGGUCACCUUUGAUCUUUACCGGAAUAGCCCCAAAGAUGUAUUUGGCUCUCUGAAUGUGAAAGCCACAUUCCAAGGGCUUUACUCUGUCAGUGCUGAUUUUCAAUGCCUCGGACCCAAAAAAGUCCUGAGGGAGGCCCUCAGGUUCAUGUCCACUCUCCUCCAUGCUGCUGGACACAUGUUGAUCACAUCUGCAAAUGUGAUUCGUCGUAUUGUCCAGGGGGCGGAUUUUCUUGAAGCGCAGCAUGGCAAACCUAUCAGUCACACGGCGUACUUGAAAUAAAAUGA